AUGGUGGUACAAGAGAUAGCUUCAGGUGAUAAUAAAUGGCAAGAGUUUGAAGUCCCCGGACUUUGGGUGGAAGAUAACCCCCCCGGAUGUGCGAAGUACCAAAACCCUGUGGUAAUAGAAUUGAAGGCAUCGGCAGUGCCAGUGAGGAUAAAACAGAGGUAUUACACUCCGACAGCCACUGCAUCUAUUCAUGAACUAAUUAAUAAAUAUUUGGAAGCUGGCAUCAUACAGCCAACACGGUCACCAUGGAACACCCCCAUUUUACCAGUUAAAAAGCCUGAUGGUACUUAUCGCCCGGUACAGGACUUACGACCAGUGAAUGCAGCCACUGUCACCUUACAUCAGGUAGUACCAAAUCCCUAUAUCCUGUUCAGCACAAUACCACCUACAGUGAAAUGGUUCUCGGUACUGGAUUUAAAAGAUGCAUUUUUCACUAUCCCAGUACCCCUUGCUAGCCAACCGUUAUUCGCCUUUGAAUGGGAACACCCGAAUACCGGAAGACGCACCCAAUAUACUUGGACCCAACUUCCACAGGGCUUUAAGAACUCGCCAACUUUAUUUGGUACAUCCCUGGGUGCUGACCUCCAAUAUUUCGUCCCACGCCAAGAGGGUGAUGUCUUAUUACAGUAUGUAGAUGAUAUCCUAGUCACAGGGAAGGACAAAGACAGCUACUGGGACAAUACUAAGGCCCUUCUGUUACUUCUACAAGAUGCCGGAUACCGUGUGUCUAGAACAAAGGCCCAGUUAGUACAGGAAAAAGUCAAAUAUUUGGGAUACUACAUCUUGCAAGGCCAAAGAUCCCUAGGUGAAGAACGAAAAGCUGCUGUUACGCAGAUGGCAGCACCCCGAAAUAGGAGGCAACUUAGAGGAUUUUUAGGAGUUGCUGGUUUUUGUCGACUGUGGAUCCUGAACUUUGCAGUAAUAGCAGCCCCCUUAUAUAAAUCAACAAGGAGGGGUGAGGUCGAACACUUUGUGUGGGAAACAGAACAGGAACAGGCAUUUAAAGCUCUUAAAAGUGCCCUUGGCCAAGCUCCAGCUUCAGGCUUACCUGACUUGGAUAGACCUUUUAACCUAUAUGUAGAGGUAUGUACUCACAUAGCAGUAGGAGUCCUGACUGAAAUGUUGGGUUCCUGGCAAAGGCCAAUUGCAUACCUUUCCAAGCAGCUAGAUGGACCUGCCCAAGGAUGGCCACACUGCCUAAUCCUAGCUGGGGUGGCUGCAUUGCUGCAAGAAUCUAAUAAACUCACCUUUUCCUGUCCCGUGUUGGUCCACACUUCGCACUCACUUCGGCUGAUCCUUGAAAACAAGGGACGCUUGUGGAUCAGCAACUCAAGACUUUUUAAGUAUCAAGCAAUGUUGAUUGAAAACCCGCAAGUUAGUCUAACUAUGUCAAAUCGCCUGAACCCGGCAACCUUGUUACCUCUAGAGGCUGAACCUAUUAUACAUGAUUGCUUACACACCCUGGAACAGCAGUAUUCCUGUAGGCCAGAUUUAGUGGACCGCCCCAUAUCAGAAGCGGACUAUAACUGGUUUACAGACAGUUCUAGUUUUAUGUUUGAGGGCAAGAGACAAGCUGGUUAUGCAGUUGUUAGCUCUGACAAAGUUAUAGAAAGUGGCCCUCUAGGCAUAGGUUGGAGCGCUCAGGUAGCUGAAUUGUGGGCACUUAUCCGAGCCUUAGAGUUAGCUGAUGGCAAAAGGUUGAAUGUGUGGACUGAUAGCAAGUAUGCCUUCCUGACUUUACACGCUCAUGCCGCCCUCUACCAAGAGAGAGGGUAUACUGAUUCAACGGGAAAGGCAAUCCAACAUGGACAUUUGAUCAAACACCUUAUUCAAGUGGUGAUGCAGCCAUCAGAAGUAGCAGUAAUACACUGUAAAGGGCAUCAAAGGGGCUCAGACCCUAUAGCCAUCGGUAAUAGGAAAGCAGAUGCAGAGUCUCGCCAAGCCACGGUCAGACACGAACCAACCCGAGACCUUAAUAUCUUUGUAGUAAUGGAUGUAGGCUUCAUUCCUACCAUGGCAACUCCCACCUACUCAGCUUCGGAAGUUCAAAGGGUGAUCCAUGAUUUCAAAGCUGAAUUGAAGGAGGGGUGGUAUAUUCUUCCAGACGGCCGACCAUAUAUACCACACUUGUUAGCAUGGACUGUAGUAGAACAGGCCCACCGGAUUUUGCAUUUAGGUAAAUCAGCUCUUGCCAAGGCCAUCCUUAGGGAAUAUUAUUUGGAUGGUGUCCAUGCGUUGACCAACAAGGCCUCCCUGCAAUGCACAACGUGCACUUCUACUAACCCAAGGCAGGGUCCUGCCUUGCCCCCGGGGAUUCAACCUGUAGACGCCAUUCCCAUGGACGUGGUAACUGUGGACUUUACUGACAUGCCCCGAUGCAAUCAUUAUAAAGCAUUAUUGGUAAUUGUGGACACAUUUACCAGAUGGCCGGAGGCUUUUCCCACCUCUACUAAACAGGCAAGGGAGGUUGCUAAGGUCUUCCUAAACUCAAUCAUUCCCCGCUCUGGUUGCCCAUCUGCUAUCUUGUCGGACAAUGGUCCAGAGUUUGUCCAUAAGACCAAUCAGCUAUUGGCCAAGGCAAUUGUAACACAGUGGAGGUUCCACUGUGCUUUUCAUUUCCAGUCUGGAGGAAAAGUUGAAAGGGUUAAUCGAACCCUAAAAGACAAACUAACCAAAAUAUGCAUAGAAACCCAUUUGAGCUGGGUGGAUGCACUACCACUAUACAAUAUAAGGACAGCCCCUCGUAAGAAGUAUCACUUAUCCCCAUUUGAGAUGAUGUAUGGCAGGGCUCCAACAAUUUUAAGAAGAGAAGUUGUAGGAUGGCCAGACUUAUCCCAUAAGGGGAGAAUAGGUAAUAGGGAAUUAAUCAAACAACUACAGGGGUUAAACAUGCAACUUGAAGCAAUAAAACAAUACGCAGGGGAACAAACGCGACCUUUACUUAGCACAAAAUGUCAUCCCUUUAAACCCGGAGAUACAGUGUGGGUAAAACAUUGGAAAAAUGAACCCCUUAGGGCUAAUUGGAAAGGGCCAUAUACAGUGGUCAUGUGUUCUCCCCUUGCAGUGAAAGUGCUGGAGUCUAAAUCAUGGAUCCACUGGACCAGGCUAAAGGCAGCAGCCCAAAGUGACCCGGUCCAGUGGGAAGCGCAAUCCACAGAUAAACCCCUGGUACUCCGGUUCCAACUCAAAUAG